UUCCGUUUCGGCACAUUUCUGGCGCUCCUAUGUCCUACCGUGUAGGAAGGUCAUGCCGAAAUUUUCCGUGAAAACUACCGACGGAUGCAUGGUUCUAAUCAAUUAUGUAAUCUUACCAUGCAGGCGAUAAUGGUUAUCGAGAUGAGUGAAAGCAUCGUGAUGAGAUAUCUGAAACACGCGAUCAUCAACAUGUAUGAAAAUAACCGCACGGAGGUAUUGUGUCCGUGCCGGAGAUGCAAACGAGGGAAAUGGUUUGACCCGUAUUCAGGCAAAUUGCAGGGGCACCUGCUCACUAAUGGUUUCAUGCAUGGACACACUCAAUGGAUGAGUGAUGAUGGCGCGGAGGUCAAUGGGGCGACGGCGUCAGGUGGUAAUAAUGGCCGGCAAGAAGGAGGGCAUCAUGAUAUUGAUGACGAUGAAGAGUUUGUCGCACAGGACGAUAACCUUGACGACGACAAUAACCUUGACGACGACAAUAACCUUGACGGCGACGAAGAGGUGCCGCUAGCUUCAGUCGUGCGGGACCCUCAUCUUCAAGAUCUGCUUCUCGAAAAGACGAAAGGCGGCGCCAAGCGGAAAUCAAAGCUUGAGCAACUCGAGAUAGACUCGAAUACUCCGUUGUACGACUCAGGUCGCGGGUUGGGGGAGUCUCGCUUGAGAGUAGCUCUCGAUGUGCUGCAGAUGAAGGUGAAACACGGAUGGACGGACAGAAGCGUCGACGACCUCCUGGAAUACGUGAAAGAUCUCCUUCCUGCCGGGAACACGUGUCCUGGAAGUCUAGCCGAGGCCAAGAGAAUCACGUGCCCUCUCGACUUACCCCACGAAAAGUAUCACGCCUGCAUCAACGACUGUAUCAUGUAUCGCAAGGAGCACAUGGACAAGACCAAAUGUCCUGUGUGUGAAGCUGAACGGUACAAGAAAGGGAAGAAGAAAGCUCCUCGGAAAGUUGUGUGGUACUUCCCGCUCGCCCCCCGGCUUCAACGGUUCUACGCGGACCGCAAGGAGGCAAAGCUCAUGCGCUGGCACGCAGAAAGAAAGGAGGCAGUUUUGAAUGAUAAAGAGCGGAUUGAGCACCCAGUGCUGACGCACCCUUCGGAUGCAAGCCAGUGGAAAGCAUUAGACAAUGAAUUCGGAAGUUUUGGGGCAGAUCCCAGAAACAUCAGGUUGGGUGCGAGCACGGACGGAUUCAAUCCGUUCGGAAACCAGAGCAGCACACAUAGCACAUGGCCCGUGUUUGUAUGGAUCUACAACCUCCCGCCCUGGCUGUGCAUGAAGAGGAAGUACAUACAGAUGAGCAUGCUAAUUCAAGGGCCGACACAGCCAGGAAACAAUAUCAACAUGUAUCUUGAACUAUUAAAGGAGGAGCUUGAAACGUUGUGGGCGGAGGAAGGGGUAGAUACAUGGGACGCCGUCGCGGAAGAACAUUUCCCUUUGAGAGCCGCGUUGAUCACGACGGUGCAGGACUACCUCGGAUACGGUUACAUUUCGUGCCAGGUGUGCCAUGGACACAAGGCAUGUGUCAGGUGCAUGGAAGAGACGAUGUUUUUGCAGCUUGGUAAGGAUCCCGGCUCUUCGAAAACAGUUUACAUGGGGCAUCGAAGGUGGCUACAGAAGACUGACCCGUGGAGAAAGCGUGGAGAUCUGUUCGAUGGUACAAAUGAACCCAAAAUUGAUGAUGAAAUUGAGAGCUUCACUAUGAGGAUUACAAUGAAAAUGAUGUACAUGGUUCUCUGGAAAUGA